UUCUCCAACACCCUUUUCACCUGCCAUCAUUUUUCAAUGCUAGGUAAAUCAAAUCAGUGGCAAAACCCCAGGAAAAAAAGAGCAUGGUGUGAGGUAGUACUGGUAUACCAGAGGUAGAAGAAGAGGAGAGUGAUUUGUAUAAAAGAAGGGUUGUGUAUGGUUUUAUGGUUUUUUGGGUAGUAGAUUACUUUUACUUCAGUUUCAUGUACGCUUGAAGGGUUCUGAGAAGCCGGGGUUUAUGGGUUUGAGGGGGUUUUUGGGUAGUGGAGGGUUUAUUUUCUUACAUGUUUGACGGGUUCUGAGGGCUGAGAUUUCUGGGUUCAGUUUCAGCUGUUAUGGAGUUGUUCUAUUCUUCAUUUGCUGAUUUGGGUCGGGAAUUUUCUGAGGGUUUAAGCUACAAAUUCGAGGAUGAAUGUUGCUUGAGGUGCAUGCUUGGCGUGGAUUCUCCUGUGCAGAGGAAUCAUAGCCUUUCCCAAUGAGUUUUUCCUAAAAGUUUUGGAAUCCGAUGAUCAGUUUCCAGUAGGUGUUUGACAUUGUAUUCAAUUCUUUCAAAGGUGUGUGGGAUAGUGUUCAAUUCUUUCAUUCUUUUACAGGGUGGGGUGUUGCAGAUUCUUCAUUGCAUUCUUUAUUUUUCAUAUAGAGACACACGUAUGAACGUUUUUAAUUGAUUUUAUUCACUUCGUUUCGUGUAAUUCAUCGGAUUCCAGUCGGGUUAUGGUUUUUUAUUUGUUUAAAUUUCACACACUCACAUAGUCUGUCUCUCUUUUCAGAUUUACAUGCACAUUUUCAUAUAAUUUUACAGAAAUUUAUACAGAAAGAUCAUACAUUGCAUAGUUCACAAGUUAUAGAAACAAAAAGAGAGAUAAGCAGAUAGAGAAAAAAAGGGUGAGUGAAUUGAAAGUUGAAUAGAAAAAAAAGAAGAGAAAAUUGGAAGAAAAUAGAGAAUGUUGGCUGGGUGUUCUACAUUGUUGUCGCCCAGACAUAGAUUGAGGAGUGAAACAUCUGCACAGUUUCAAGCUUGCCAUUUCCAGUUACCUUCAAUGAGCACACAGAGAUUGGAUUUGCCAUGUAGCUUCCCCCGAAAAGAUGCUUCACGGUCGCAGCCCAUUAGGCCGGUCGGCCUUUCUGUGGAGAAGUCCAUGGAAGCCAAGACUAGUACUUGUUCUCUAAAGCAGAAUAUUCGGCUCCCACCUUCAGCAACCAGUGCUCAGACCACCUUCAUCGAAGGAAGGAGGGAGAUCAAAGAUGAGUUUUGGGAGAAAGGUAAGAGUUUGAAGAGGUUUGCUGAGCAGGGUUCAGUGGACGAGUCCUGCAUGAGCAGAGCCAAGAGAAAAAGGAGAAGUGACACUUACGGGAAAUCUGAAGAAUCUCUGGAAGGCGGCGGCCAAAGCUUGAGCUUAGGCCAACUGGGUAGUGGGAAUUUUUGGUUUCAGCCAAGUUUUGGGGUGCCUAGAUCAGUUCCAGGCGUUGGAAACAACCCUCAAGUUUCUUUCCCUCUGACUUGUUCAGGAGAGGAAGAGAGGGUCUGUUUUGUGCCUAGUGAGGUGAUUUCCCCACCUCUUCCAUUGUCAAACAAUCCUUGGCUGGAAUCUGUAGUGACUGAGAUUACAAGCCUUGGUGACAAUGAUUUGGAGACCAGCCAUGGAGUUGUUAAGGAAGCCUCCGGAUCCAGUAAUUCUUCAGAGAGUCAUCCCUUGGCCCUUAGGCUACAUGAGAGCACUGUAGAGCAGGAAAUCGGUAAUGGGUCGAGCCUACCUCACCUGCAUGAAGGCCCUAAGAUGUCAGGGGACGACGAAAACAACCAAGGGGAGCAUCAAGGUUUCGAGCUCAUCAGCCUGCUUAUGGCUUGUGUUGAAGCAAUUGGCUCAAGGAACAUAGCUGCCAUCAGCCAUUUCAUAGCUAAAUUGGGGGAUCUUGCCUCUCCAAAAGGAAGUCCUAUAAGCCGUGUUACUGCUUACUUCACAGAAGCUUUAGCUCUGCGGGUCUCAAGGCUUUGGCCUGCUAUCUUCCAUGUUACUACCCCUCGAGAGCUUGAUCGGGCAGAUGAUGACACUUGGACUGCACUGAGGCUUUUGAACCAGGUGAGCCCAAUUCCAAAAUUCAUUCACUUCACAUCCAAUGAGAUUCUGUUGAGGGCUUUUGAAGGAAAAGACAGGGUUCAUAUCAUAGAUUUCGACAUUAAGCAAGGGCUUCAAUGGCCUAGUUUGUUUCAGAGUUUGGCCUCUAGGACUAAUCCCCCGAGCCACGUUAGAAUCACUGGGGUAGGCGAGUCUAAACAAGAACUGAACGAAACAGGAGAUAGGCUUGCAGGUUUUGCUGAAGCAUUGAACCUUCCCUUUGAAUUCCAUCCGGUGGUGGACAGGUUGGAAGAUGUGAGGCUGUGGAUGCUUCAUGUGAAGGACAAGGAAAGUGUGGCUGUGAACUGUAUUUUCCAACUGCACAAGACUCUUUAUGAUGGCAGUGGAGGAGCCCUCAGGGACUUUCUAGGCCUAAUCCGGAGCACAAACCCCAGUAUUGUUCUUAUGGCGGAGCAAGAAGCUGAGCACAAUGAACUCAGCUUGGAAACAAGAGUUUCUAACUCACUGAGAUACUACUCUGCCAUAUUUGAUUCAAUUGAUUAUAGUCUUCCAUUGGAUAGCCCAGUGAGGAUGAAAGUAGAGGAGAUGUUUGCUCGGGAAAUUAGGAAUAUAAUUGCAUGUGAAGGAAGUGACAGGGUAGAAAGGCAUGAAAGUUUCGAAAAGUGGAGGAGGCGGAUGGAGCAAGGAGGGUUUCGAUGCGUGGGGAUCAGCGAAAGGGAAAUGCUUCAGAGCCAAAUGCUGUUGAAGAUGUACUCCUGUGAGAAUUAUAGUGUUUCAAAGCGAGGCCAAGAUGCGGCGCUUACUCUAAGUUGGCUAGAUCAGCCUCUUUACACGGUCUCAGCAUGGACUCAGGUGGAUGUUGCAGGCAGCUCUUCCUCUUUUUCUCUGCCAAGUUGAUCCGGACGGGGUUCUUCUUCUUCAUACAUACCAUCACUUUACAUUCCAUUUUCGCAUACAAAAGGGAAACUAAAUUCUUUGUAGGUAGAAGAAGCAUUUCAUUCUUUCAUUCUUUGGUUGCAGAUAAGAUUUCAGUCUGAUAGGCAAGAACCAAUUUCUACAGAUACAGUAGCUUGAUACGGAUGUCAGUUCUUCUCAGGCCAGAGUUCUAGGUUUCAGUCCUUAGUAUUUGUUGUCAAUUUGUUUUUAUUCUUUGAUUCUUUAUGUAUGUUGAAAUUCUUUCUUAGUCAUGUAUGCCGAAAUUCAUUUUUAGUCAUAUGUAAUUCUAUUUAUUUAUUUAUUUUCGUCACUUGUCAGGAGGAUCAUUCUGUUCUGAACCAUGUAGUUGGGAAUUGGAUCACCAUAUAUGAAAUGAUUUCAUUUGAUUUGUGUUCGAAUACUCAUUCAUUAUCUUCUCACAUAUCUCAUAGUUUUUGUUAUACAAGCUUGAUGUCACAUUGAGAUCCUCGUAAAAGUAGAAGUAAAACAAUCCAAAAUAUAGAAACAUACCAGCUACAGUUUUGAGUACCGUUUUUUCAACAGCAACUGACAUAGAUAUUAUAAAAGUAUGGAAAUCAAUGAAAAUGAAGAGCUUCUCUUGAUCAUUUUCGAACUUUAGGAAUGAUGAGUAGAGGUUGUUCCUUCUGCAAUGCUAUACCGAACUUAUCAUUCAUGUCUAGCUCAUCUGGAGUGGUUCCAUUUGGAAGAGACCAAUCAAAGAAAUGGGUCAAGGAGGCAAGAAUCAAAGGAAGAAGCCUUGCAGCCAUGGGCAGACCAGGGCAUAUUCUCCUUCCAGCACCAAAGGGAAUGAAUUCUAGAUUAUUCCCUUUGAAGUCUACAGCUGAGUUGAGGAAGCGCUCUGGUUUAAACACUAGAGGGUCUUCCCAAUUCAUGGGGUCUCUCCCAAUUGCCCAGGCAUUUACCCAUAUUUGAGAGUCUUUUGGAAUGGUAUAAUUCAUAACUUCACAUGAGACUGAUGCACGGCGAGGAAGGAGCAAUGGUGCCGAGGGGUGCAGCCUCAGGGUUUCUUUGACACAGGCUUGGAGGUAUGGUAGGUGAGGUAGAUCAGAUGCUUUUGGCAGAUUAUCACUGAUUUCUCUUGCAAGUUCUUCAUGGACUUUCUUCAUGGAUUCUGGACUUUUUAUCAGUUCUGCCAUUGCCCACUCCAAUGUUGAACUACUGGUGUCUGCCCCUGCAGUAAGCAACUCC